AAUCACCACAGCUACAGCCAACGUCCCGUCGUCUCUCCAGUCAAUCAGUCAGUCAGUGCAAUCCGAAGCUCUAAGACCUACUUUGGUACUCCGCCUUCGACGCAAUGGAUCUCGGUGACGAAGGAAGCUCCCCAUGGGGUGAUGUACCUUCGAGGUCAAGCCCGUCGCAAAACCCUCCACGAACAGCUCCCGACGAUGCCGCUGCACCUGACACACUCGCCCCCCCGAAGGCUACCGCAAGCUCUGCUACCAAUAUAUCUGCCGCUCCGCGAUCGCCAGCCGGCCGAGGACCUCGUCGACGACAAUAUGGCGCGCAGCCCACCCGUAUGGAAGCCGUCGACGAUCCAUUGGGUCCUUUGGGGGCAGCUACACCCCCUCCGGGACCAGAGGCACCGCCAGCCCCUCCUCAGAAGGAAACCGGGAACCAGCGCAACCAGCGCCCCUCGACUGCUGCCUCAGCAUCAUCAAUCCGGGGUAUGAUGGAUUCGGUGAACCUUGACGAUGACGAAGAGGGUGACUCUAGAGAAGCCGACGGGCCUCGGAUUCCUCCUCCCGUCCAACCACCAAGCAAUGCGCCACCCCAACGACACGCCCAGCCCAGUAUGAGCGUGGAGCAAGCGUCGAAACCAUCGUUCUCUAUCAGCGUGGGAGAUCCACACAAGGUGGGCGACUUGACCAGCUCGCACACCGAAUACGCAGUGUUCACCAAGACUAGCUCCAAAGCCUAUCGGAAACCAGACUUUACCGUAUCCCGCCGUUAUCGCGAUUUCUUGUGGUUAUACAAUCAAUUGCACAACAACAACCCAGGUGUAAUUAUUCCGCCACCUCCGGAGAAACAAGCUGUUGGCCGUUUUGAUGUCGACUUCGUUGAAUCAAGACGAGCAGCGCUAGAGCGCAUGUUGAACAAGAUCACGGCACAUCCCCAGCUACAACAGGAUGGAGAUCUCAAAAUCUUCCUAGAGAGUGAGGCGUUCAGUUUGGAUAUCAAAAACAAAGAGCGCAAGGACCCUGGUCUUGGCGAGAGCAAAGGCAUGUUUGGUUCCAUGCUUGGAGGGUCGUCUGGAAAGUUCAUUGAGCAUGACGAUUGGUUCCAUGACCGAAAAGUCUAUCUUGAUGCGUUAGAGAAUCAGCUCAAAGCCCUCUUAAAGGCCACCGAUCUUGUUGUAGCGCAACGCAAAGGACUCGCCGAGUCCUGUGGCGAUUUCUCCGCUUCCCUGCAUUCACUCGCCGCCGUCGAACUCUCGCCAGCUCUGUCCGACCCACUCGACAGCUUAUCAGACGUGCAGAUUCGUAUCAAGGAGCUUUAUGAACGCCAAGCCCAGCAGGACGUCCUCACAUUCGGCAUAGUCAUCGAUGAGUACAUACGCUUGAUUGGCUCUGUUAAGACAGCUUUCUUGCAGCGUCAGAAAUCCUACCAUGCAUGGCACGCCGCCGAGUCCGAGCUACAGAAGCGCAAAGCGACGCAGGACAAACUACUUCGACAAGGAAGGUCUCAGCAGGACAGGUUGAAUCAGCUCAGCGCCGAUGUGGCAGAUGCAGAGAGGAAGGUGCACCAGACAAGACUUCUAUUCGACGAUAUGGGCCGGCUGAUGAGGGCUGAGUUGGAGAGGUUUGAGCGAGAAAAGGUGGAAGAUUUCAAAUCUGGGGUUGAGACAUACCUUGAAAGUGCAGUGGAGGCACAGAAAGAGCUUAUCGAAAUCUGGGAGACUUUUCUCAUGCAACUCGAUACCGAGGACGGUGAAACAUUCAUUCCACCUGCCGGUGUUGUCGUUGCACCCCUGGCGGAAGAUUCAGCUUCCCAGGGCGAGCGCCCAAGCAGCCAAGGUUCGGAAGGCAUUGACUCUAGGCCCACAAGGUCAACUGGGGAGAUAGAGGAUUGAUAGAUAUUGUUUUGCGGGUAACUAGUUGUUCUGGUCCCACUAAUGGAGGCCCAUUUUGAUUGAUGUGCGAUAACCCACCUUGUUCUACAUCAUUUAAUUACCCCACUCGCGAGAUGGCUACACAAGUAACUUCAUGCCUUCAAAUUAUUACACACUGGCUUGACCCUACUAGUACCGGACAAUCGUCACGUUUCAGACGUAACUGAGCUCUUUAUAACACCUGUGAGAUACCAGGUAUGUUGUCGUGUACAUUUGCCCACUUAAUAAUUGGUGAAGGCAUGGCCUGAAUCAUCAAGGCUCAGCAUCAGCCAUAUCACUCUUGAAUCUCUCAAUAGCUCUCUGCUUUGUCUCUU